CACCGCACGCAGUAGCCAGCGUUCAGUAACAGCUGCGCGCCGAACGCCGACGGUCACACGACGACCACCGUCACACAUUCGCCGCCGUCGCAACCAUGUCGGUCGUGUACGCGUUUCGUACGAUCGACGUCGUCUUGUUUUUCGCGUGCUCGUGUACGUUUUUCGGCGAGUUUCACAAGUCGUCCGCGGCCAUACCGCCGCCGUAUCAGGCGUAUCAGGACGACGAAAAAGAGUUUAUAAUCGAUCAGUUGGCAAAAAUUAUCAAGGAUCAAAGCUAUAGGAUGCAGAAUAAUCUUCAAGACUCGUAUCCGAUUCCCCUCGAUCAGAUAGACGAUAAUAAACAGGCGUUUACAUACGACCUGGCAUCGCAUCUACCUGAAAUAAAUACGGGCAAUCAAGAAAUCCCAUUCGCCCUAUUGCCCAACGAUCGUCGUUACCAUCAAUCAGGUUUUUCCAAUAAUUUAGAACCACCAAAUCAUGGGAUCCGUAGAUUUCAUAAAAAGCUGAGUACCAAAAGCAGUGAAGUACAAGAUAAUUCUUCGUACGGAUCAAGCGGAUAUGUUACAUCAAAGGUCACCACCGAGAAUACGAGCAACAGUGAAGUAUCUAUGGAUUUACCGCAGAACACUUUUAUGCACGUUAUGCCAUUUUCAACUCAUUCGAGGUUCAGCCAAGACGAUUACUAUUUCUUUGCCAAAGCUGCUGGAGUCGGUCUAGCCGUCCUGGUCGUCCUGCUCAUAUUGUCCAUAGCAUGUUAUAGAAUGCAAAAGAAUAGCAAGGCGGCUGCAGAUAUAGAGUACCCUGCGUACGGUAUCACUGGACCCAAUAAAGAUAUGUCACCCACUGGCGACCGGCGCUUGGCACAGUCUGCCCAAAUGUAUCAUUAUCAACACCAGAAACAACAGAUAAUAGCUAUGGAAACGAACAAUACGGUCAAAGAAAGUCGAUGCGGUUCAGUCAGCGAUCCGGACAGCGAUGACGAUAACGAGGAAGGCGAUUACACAGUUUACGAAUGCCCAGGAUUAGCACCAGCAGGAGAAAUGGAAGUGAAAAAUCCGCUGUUCCUGGACGACAACACGCCAGCAUCUCCCAACGCUGUUUUAACUAGUAAAGACAAUAUUCCGGGAAAUGGUGUCAUACCAACAGUACCCGUCCCGUAAUAUAGAUAACUAAUCGCCUACCACCCUAUAAAACAUUCGUCUAUAGAUGCAAAACGUCAAAACAACACUAUUUUUUUUUUUUUUUUUUUUUUUAAUUUUA